AUGGCACGCCUCCGCCCGCCGCCCGGCCGCUCCUGGGGCCCUGCCAACGCCGACACCCCCGCCGGCUCCUCCUCCUUCUGCGAAGCCCUGCGGCGGAGCCCCCAGCCGCCCCGGGGACCCCCUCCUCCUCCGGAGGAGCCCGGUGGGGCGGUGCCACCCUCUGUGCCCAUCCCGUCUUUGGAGCCCCCUGGGGCCGUGCCACCGUCUGUGCCCAUCCCCUCUUUGGAGCCCGGUGGGGCGGUGCCACCGUCCGUGCCCGGCCCGGUUUUGGAUCUCGCUGGGGCGGUGCCACCUUCCGUGCCCGGCCCGGGUUUGGAUCUGGCUGGGGCGGUGCCCUUGUCCGUGCCCGGCCCGUCCGAGGAGCUUGCUAGGGAGGUGCCACCGUCCGUGCCCAUCCCGUCUUUGGAGGCGGCUGGGCCGGUGCCCCCGUCCGUGCCCAUCCUGGUCUUGGAGCCCGGUGGGGCGGUGCCCCCGUCCGUGUUCAUCCCGUCGGAGGAGCCUCGUGCGGCGGUGCCCCCGUCCGUGCCCUCGCCCGUGCCCCCGUCGGUGCGGGGUCCGCCGGCCUGCUGCGGCGGCGGCGAUGCGGGGCUCCGGGGAGCCGGGGUCCCCCCCCGGACCCGGCCAAGACCCCGAGGACACCGCAGCACCCCACCGGACCCGACAGCACCCCACCGGACCCGACAGCACCCUACCGGACCCGACAGCACCCCACCGGACCCCACAGCACCCCACCGGACCGGACAGCACCCCACCGGACCCCACCGGACCCCACCGGACCGGACAGAACAGGAUCCCACCGGCCCGGACAGCACCCCCCUGGACAGCACCCCACUGGACAGAACAGGACCUCACCGGACCGGACAGGACCCCCCCCCCCCGACCCGACAGGACCGGGCAGGACUUCACCGGACCCCACCGGACCGGACAGGACCGGUCAAGACCCCACCGGACUCGACAGGACCGGGCAGGACCGGUCAGGACCCCACCGGACUCGACAGGACCGGGCAGGACCUCACCGGACCCCACCGGACCGUACAGGACCGGUCAGGACCCCACCGGACUCGACAGGACCGGGCAGGACCGGACAGGACCCACCGGACCCGACAGGACCGGGCAGGACCUUACCGGACCCCACCGGACCGGAUAGGACCGGACAGGACCCGACAGGACCGGACAGGACCCCACCGGACUCGACAGGACCGGACAGGACCCACCGGACCCGACAGGACCGGGCAGGACCUCACCGGACCCCACCGGACCCGACAGGACCGGGCAGGACCUUACCGGACCCCACCGGACCGGAUAGGACCGGACAGGACCCGACAGGACCGGACAGGACCCCACCGGACUCGACAGGACCGGACAGGACCCACCGGACCCGACAGGACCGGGCAGGACCUCACCGGACCCCACCGGACCCGACAGGACCGGGCAGGCCCUUACCGGACCCCACCGGACCGGAUAGGACCGGACAGGACCCGACAGGACCGGACAGGACCCCACCGGACUCGACAGGACCGGACAGGACCCACCGGACCCGACAGGACCGGGGCAGGACCUUACCGGACCCCACCGGACCCGACAGGACCGGGCAGGACCUUACCGGACCCCACCGGACCGGAUAGGACCGGACAGGACCCGACAGGACCGGACAGGACCCCACCGGACUCGACAGGACCGGACAGGACCCCACCGGACCCGACAGGACCGGGCAGGACCUCACCGGACCCCACCGGACCGGACAGGACCGGUCAGGACCCCACCGGACCAGACAGGACCGGGCAGGACCCCACCGGACCCCACCGGACCGGACAGGACCGGUCAGGACCCCACCGGACUCGACAGGACCGGACAGGACCCACCGGACCCGACAGGACCGGGCAGGACCGGAGCGGACCCCACCGAAGCGGAGCGAAUCUCCCGGCUCCCCGGUCGGCAGAGGGGCAGGCAGUCGGGGAGGGACGUGCAGUCCGGGAGGGCGGCGCGGAGGAGGAGGCGGGGCGAAGGGAGGGGUCUGCCCCGCGGCUCCCCGCAGACGAGGACGACUGA